AUGAGUUUCACAUCGGCACUGGGAUCUAACUCGACCUUUUAUAAUCCAAUAAUCCCAGGAUUCCAUCCAGAUCCUAGCUGUAUUUUUGUCCCUGAGUGGAAUGAUACCUUUUUCUGCGCAUCUUCUAGUUUCAAUGCAUUCCCCGGUAUACCCCUUCAUGCCAGUAAAGAUUUGCAGAAUUGGAAACUAUUCGGGCAUGUCUUGAACAGAAAAGAACAACUCCCUCGACUUAUUGAGACAAAUCGAUCCACAAGGCAAGUCUCUCGUGGCAUUUGGGCACCGACAUUGCGUUACCACGAUGGUACUUUUUGGCUUGUUACAACUCUCGUAGACGAUGAUAGAGACGCGGCAGAUGCUUCGAGAUGGGACAACAUUAUCUUCAAGGCACGAGAUCCUUUCGAUCCAGAAUCUUGGACCGACGCGGUCCAUUUCGAGUUUGAGGGAUAUGACACGGAGCCAUUUUGGGACGAUGAUGGCAAGACAUACAUCAAUGGCGCCCACGCAUGGAAGAUUGGGCCGUGGAUUCAACAGGCGGAGGCCGAUCUCGAUACUGGGGAAGUCGGCGAAUGGAGGACCAUCUGGAACGGCACAGGCGGCAUGGCACCAGAGGGACCACACAUCUACCGUAGAGAUGGCUACUACUAUCUACUGGCUGCUGAAGGUGGCACUGGACUUGGCCAUAUGGUCACGAUGGCACGUUCAAGGAGUGUUGGUGGCCCAUACCAGUCAAACCCGUUGAAUCCUGUUUUGACCAACGCCAAUACAACCAAUUAUUUUCAAACUGUCGGACAUGCCGAUCUAUUUCAAGAUGCCUCUGGGAAUUGGUGGUGUGUCGCUUUAGCCACGAGAUCAGGACCAGAAUGGCUCAACUUUCCAAUGGGCCGCGAGACGGUUAUGACUUCGGCAACAUGGAACCAAGGGGAAUGGCCAUACCUUACGCCCAUCGAAGGGAAGAUGAGUGGCUGGAAGAUGCCGCCAGAAAAUCUGGAUCUUGAAGGCCAUGGCCCACUGAUCACACUGGGAGAAGUUGAAGGUGACGCUUUUGACUUUGCCCCGAAUUCGACACUUCCAAUUCACCUCACGUAUUGGCGGUAUCCAAUCGAAAGCUCAUACACGGUCUCACCGACGGAGAAGCCCAGCAGCUUACGUCUGACGCCCUCUAAACUCAACCUUACCGCUAUCAACGGAAACUACGCGGGGCCCGAAGGGCAGACAUUCAUUGGAAGAAGACAGCAAGACACACUCUUCACGUACAGCGUCGAACUUGACUUUCAGCCAGCGGAGGAGGAGGAAGAGGCCGGCGUUACGGUGUUCCUUACACAGAACCAUCACCUUGAUCUAGGCGUUGUCUUACUGCCCGCGAGCGGGAGUACGCAGCCCUUCCCUGGCCAAAACUUGACGACGGGGGGAAACCCGACUGAUCUCAAGCUUCAAUUCCGGUUCCGAGCUAUGUCGUAUGUUCCUGUUCCUGCUGACAUUGUGGCACCUGUACCGGAGGACUGGCUUGGUACAACACUCAGAUUGGAGAUUAAGGCGGUAAACACGACACAUUACUCUUUCUCUGCUGGGCCGGCUGGGUCAGUUUCCCAGACCAGAAUUCUUGUCUGUGCAUCCAACGAUGCGAUUAGUUGGGGUUUCACAGGUGUCUUCCUCGGGGUCUAUUCAAAUAGCAACGGCGGGACUGGAAAUACGCCUGCUUAUAUCUCAAACUGGGAAUACACCCCCCAGGGGCAGUUCAGAGAUUAGAAACCGCCAAGUAGAUCGGAUAUUUGAAAGCUACAAGUGGUCCAUGAUAAAGCUACAUAAGAAGCCU